CGGGACGGGGGCACGGAACUGCUGUAGGGUCGACAAAUAAUCGGAGAUGAAGGAGAACGAUGGAAAUUUGACAGUGGGGUUAUACCUUUAACGGCGGUUUAGUCAAAGUCCCAUUUAUCGUAAUCACACUGCGAAGCGAAUGUUGUAUGAGGAGCCGGAGAGGACGUGUUUUUUUCGCAGUAAGGUAGCGAAUGUAGGCAGAGUUGGGGAGGGCUGUAACUGCUGGCUGGGGUUUUUUUGGAGAGGGAAAACAACAUGGCUGCGGUGGAGCUCGAAUGGAUCCCAGAAACACUAUACAACACCGCUAUCUCAGCUGUGGUGGACAACUACAGCCGCUCAAGAAGGGACAUACGCUCUCUCCCAGAAAAUAUACAGUUUGAUGUCUAUUAUAAGCUUUACCAGCAGGGCCGGCUCUGCCAGCUGGGAGGAGAGUUUUGUGAGCUUGAGGUGUUUGCUAAAGUACUGCGGGCUUCAGACAAAAGACACCUCCUGCACCACUGCUUUCAAGCACUAAUGGACCAUGGUGUGAAAGUGGCCUCAGUUCUGGCGAACUCCUUCAGCCGCCGUUGUUCCUACAUUGCGGAGUCAGACGCCCAUGUCAAAGAGAAGGCCAUCCAGUUCGGCUUUGUGCUAGGUGGCUUCCUGUCUGAUGCAGGCUGGUAUGGAGAUGCAGAGAAAGUGUUUCUGUCGUGCCUGCAGCUGUGCACACUCCACAGUGAGGUCCUCCACUGCUACCGGGCCGUGGAAUGCUGUGUCAGGCUGCUUCAUGUCCGCAACGGUAACUGUAAGUACCACCUGGGGGAGGAGACCUUCAAGCUUGCCCAGUCUUACAUGGAUAAACUAGCCAAACAUGGCCACCAGGCCAAUAAGGCGGCACUGUACGGCGAGCUUUGUGCCUUGCUCUUCGCCAAAAGCCACUAUGAUGAGGCAUACAGGUGGUGUAUAGAGGCUAUGAAGGAAAUUACUCCAGGGCUGCCUGUUAAAGUAGUUGUUGAUGUUCUCCGGCAAGCCUCCAAGGCCUGUGUGGUGAAGAGGGAGUUCAGAAAAGCAGAGCAGCUGAUCAAACAUGCAGUGUUUCUAGCAAGAGAACAUUUUGGACACAAGCAUCCCAAGUACUCUGACACGCUGCUAGAUUAUGGAUUUUACUUACUAAAUGUAGACAACAUAUGCCAAUCAGUUGCAAUUUACCAGACAGCGUUGGACAUCCGGCAGUCCGUGUUUGGAGGGAAGAACAUCCACGUUGCCACAGCCCACGAAGACCUGGCUUACUCAUCAUACGUGCACCAGUACAGCUCUGGGAAAUUUGACAACGCACUAUUCCAUGCAGAACGUGCCAUAGACAUCAUAACCCACAUUCUGCCUGAGGACCAUCUGCUGCUGGCGUCCUCCAAGAGAGUCAAAGCACUCAUCCUAGAGGAAAUUGCAAUCGACUGUCACAACAAGGAGACCGAAGAACGCCUUCUGCAAGAGGCUCACGACCUGCAUCUGUCCUCACUGCAGCUGGCCAAAAAGGCCUUUGGAGAGUUCAAUGUCCAGACAGCGAAGCACUAUGGGAACCUGGGACGGCUCUACCAGUCUAUGAGGAAGUUCAAGGAGGCGGAGGAGAUGCACAUCAAAGCCAUCCAAAUCAAGGAGCAGCUUCUGGGCCACGAAGACUACGAGGUGGCUCUGUCUGUGGGUCACCUGGCCUCUCUUUACAACUACGACAUGAACCAGUAUGACGAUGCAGAGAGGCUCUACCUGCGCUCCAUCGCUAUCGGUAAGAAGCUGUUUGGCGAGGGUUACAGUGGGCUGGAGUAUGAUUACCGGGGCCUGAUCAAACUCUACAACUCAGUAGGGAACUACGAGAAGGUGUUUGAAUACCACAAUGUACUGUCCAACUGGAACCGGCUGAGGGACCGACAGUUCGCUGUGGCAGAUGCUUUGGAGGACGUCAACACUACACCACAGCAGACCCAGGAGGUGGUACAAGCUUUCCUGUUGGCUCAGAGCCUGGGCCCCACGCGUCCCUGUCUUGGCUGAUUUUAUGAGGGAAGAGGGAAAAAGACGUGGGCUUUGGCCUGGUGAGGACGUGAAUAAAGCCCAAAUGUGAUGCCUCGGUUGCACACAAAAUGAAUUAGUAAUACACAGAAAAUCCAAACAGCCAGUCAGUCGGCUUUGUAGUCACUGCAGCUGUCAGUACACACACACACGCAUUUAGUUGUGGAUUUAAAGAAAAAAAAAAAAAAAGUAGAGAAGACACUAUUAUCCAACCUCAUCACAUGAACCACAAAAGAUGCUCCAGACUAGGAUGCAGCUUCACCCCACAGAGCUGCAUUUCUCCAAGAGAAAGAGGACAAAAAAAGACAACCUCAGAUGUCCUGAAAGGACGACACAUGACCUCUCCUCUUCUCUCAUCUCGCUCUAAGCUCGCCUUUUUGUUUUCUUUUCAGUCCGGAUUUAGAUCAUUUUAAUUUUGUAUUUUGAACCAGUGUAGCUCUGAAUGCCAUCAAGACUUUUUCCACAGACCAAAACCAUGAUCGCCAGGGCCACACAAAUUUGAACACAUCUGUGAGCAACUCCCAUCCAUCAUCACCUGGAUCAGAGAUGGAACCGGUUGGGUAUUUCUGACACCUGUACAGUAAAAUAACCCAGCGGAUUGUACUCUUUAGUUCAUUUUGAAGGCUUUUCUUUUGGACAGAAAUGAAAGUGGACCAUAAGAAAAGAAGACAUAAACUCCUGUUUUGAACUGCUUGGUGGAGAGAGAUUACAUAGUGGAAUGUGUCCAAACCAGUGGGUAUAUUGUUACACACAUUUCAGGCUUUACAGGUCCUGUUUUCAGUUUUAUUUAAUUUCUUUUUCAGCUUAGUACUGACAUAGCAUAAUUAAAAAUGCCAAUAAUUUAUAUGCAAAAAUGUAUGUUUAUGUAGCCCUUUGUUAUGCUUUCUUACUGAGUGACCCAUUAUUCUAAAGGAACAGUUCAACACUUUACAAACACGUUAAAACAAAGGAGGCAGAUAUGAGUGAGGAGGAACAUGCGACAUGCACAGAUGUUUUUAAGGCUGACAGUCCAGGCCUCCCUUUAUUUGGUAAUCUGAAUGUGAGGCUGUGUGUGUGUGUGUGUGUGUAUGUGUAUGUAUGUGUGUGUGUUUGUAUACACAGAUACUCUGGUGCCCGAGUGCUCCAUUGAUUACAACCAGCCUUACACCAGCUUGCAGUUAUCUGUCUGUAGACGGACCCGUACUUUAAAGUGCUAAAUUAACUAUUAAACCCUUAAGGGCACUGCAGUGGGGCCAAUAUAUAUAUUUGUGUGUAUGUGUGUGUGUUGCCAGCUUAUUUACCUGUGCAUUCAGCCUCUCCUCUUUACUCUGUCAAGUUGGCUUACCAAUUAAAGGAGACCUUGUUUAUUAAAGAUGGAGUAAGCAAUUCUAAACCAAUAGACUUUUUUGUUAAGGUCUUCUCACAGUUUGUUCUGUGUUUGCACUGAAGAAAAAAAAAAAAAUGUGUUGGUACACAACUGUGGUGACUGUAAAUAAAAAAA